AUGCCCCUUUCCCGGGCUCGAAAGCAGCGCAUUGCCUUAGAAUUCGGCUACGUGAACAUAGUCUUCCUCCACGAUGCCCCCCAGCCUGGCCUAUCCCGGAAAGUGGAGAUAUUCAGCAAGACUGGAGAGCGGAGCUUUUCUGGCCGGGCGGUCCUUGGGGCAGCCCACUACAUUUUCCAGAAGCUCGAGGCCGAGGACUCCAUCUUGAUCAGCGACUGGUCCAACCUACCGGCCGCAGAAAUUCAACAGAAACGGCAAGCCCCCAAGUCAAUCAACCGCUGUACCCUCGAGACAGAGGGUGGUCUUAUCCAGGCCCACUAUGAUCCCGCUCGCCAGGUGGCCGCCAUCGAAAUCCCACAUAACAUCCACAUCCACGCCCGUGAAACUACAAAGGACGAGGUCCUCGCCGUCCAGCGCGAAGGUGCCCCCACACCCUUCUGUGGCUGCGUGUAUUUCCUCCAGCUGCAGACGGAUUUCACAGAGGAGCCAUAUAUUACGCGGCUACGGGUGCGGGUGAUUGCGGCAGGGCUGGAGGAGACGGCGUCAGCAAGCGGCUGCUCUGCCCUGGCGGCGUACCUGGCACUCCAAAAAGGAGGGGCGAAUUCAAGGCAUGCCUACGCCAUUGAGCAGGGGGUUGAUAUCGGGAGGGCGAGUCAGUUGCGCGUUGAGAAGAUUUGA